AAUUUUAUCAUAUUUAUUUUUAGAAUAAAAAAAUUAUAAAAAAUAUGGAUUAAUUUUAACUGCUUUUAUGGAGAUGAUUUAUCUGAAGAAUUAUUUUGCAACAUUUUUGAUUGUUGCAGCUGUAACUUCAAUUAUAAACUGCUGCGACCCUUGUAAUAGGGAUGACAAAUGGGAAGAAUGGUCAACAUGGAGUGUGUGUGAUCGUCUCACUCCAUGUCAUACUGGUCAGAUAAAACGUGAGAGUACAUACAAGAAUAUAUUUGCAUGUCUAUCUUGCUCUAUUAGAUAUGAAUCGCAACCUUGUGGUUUUGAAAAUAACAAUUGUGAACAAAAAUGCAAUCCAAAAAAUGGAAGCUGUAGUUGCAACAUUCCCGGAUAUCAGAUAAAUCCUGAUCAUAAAAGUUGUUCUUUAAGACAAUGUGUUCCAAUUGUGUUAAACUCUUGCCAAGAAACAUUUUCAGAUAUCUUUGGAAGCAUAUGUCAACAAGCAAUUUCUAAUUGUCCUCAAGUUUUAUCUGAGGGUAACAAGUGCACAUUUUCUUGCAGUGAUCCAAGUAAAUAUUUGCUAAAGAAAAUUAUUGGUUUGCCUUUUGGAGAAAAUGUUACUAAUGCAGUUAAUUCUGCUACAUGCACUUUUGUUUCUGGAGUUAUGAAAUGGAACAAUCAAGAAACUAGUAAUUACUAUUGUCGAAGAUCUAAUGACCCACCUCAAAACCUUUCUCUCUCUUCUGAUAUUUUGUUGGAACAUGCUCCUAUAGGUACUAUAAUUGGAACCCUAUCAGCGAUAGAUGAAGCAACUCAAAUACUCUCUUAUUCCUUAAAUCCUCAAAUUGAUCAGUUUUAUAUAGAAAAUAACAAAUUAAAAAAUAUGAAGGUUUUUCAUCUUGCUAAUACAAACAACAGCAUCUAUUUGGUGAACAUUCGUGUUUCAGAUAAUUUGGGAAUGUAUAUGGAGCAUGUUUUUAAAAUAAAAAUUAUCAAUGUUAAUGAUCCGCCUACCGAUAUUAAAAUAGUUCAAAACACAUUUAAUACAUUUACACCAAUAAAUUCUGUAGUUGGAGUACUCUUAGCCAUUGAUCCUGAUGUUUUGAACCCUACAUAUACAUCAGAUUUUAAUUGGUCAUUAGUUGGAAAUCAGAGUAAUUUUUAUCUUAAUGGAAGCAAUUUAAUUCUCAAGAAAAAAAUUUACAAUAUCAACAAAGACUUUGUGAUAACAAUACGUAUAAGAUGUGGCGAUAAAGACACAAAUGAGAUGUUUUUGGAGAAAGAUGUUAGUUUAUACUUCUCGAGUACCAAUGAUCAUCCAGUAAAUAUUACUCUUAAUUUAUUACCAUUAUUUGAAAAUCGCAGUGUUAAUGAGGUUGUUGGUAAAGUUUCUGCUAUAGAUCUUGAAGGUCAAGAAAUUCGAUUUGAUAUAACUAGCACCAAUCAAACAUUUGGUAUAUCAGAUGUUAACUGCACUCUGAUGGAGAUAAAGAUGAUUUGUGAAGCUGAUUUCAUACUCCUAAAGCCACUUAAUUAUGAAACAAUGUCUCAAGUUUUGGUAUCAAUAACAGCUACGGAUGUCCAUGGUGAAUCAUCUUUUAAUCAGUUUCAGCUCAAUGUCUUAAAUGUUAAUGAACCACCUUAUGGAAUUAAAGUUUUUGAUGCAUAUAUAUCUGAAAACAGUGUACCUGGAACAAAAAGUGCGUGCAUAGAAGUACAUGACCCUGAUUUUCAAUCAAAAGUUACAUGUAUUCUAGAUACAGAAAACCCUUUUUUUGUUAUGAAUGUCAUGUGCAUCUAUGUAAAAAAUGGAGCUUUAAUUGAUUAUGAAGAAAAUAAAAAUUUCACUCUAAAAAUUGUUUGCACUGAUGAUGGUCAACCCCCCUUGUCUGUAUCAAGCAACAUUACUAUUGAAGUUAAAGAUGUAAAUGAAGCCCCAACAAAGAUAUGCUUAACUAAUACUCUAAUUUCCCCAAAUAUGCAUAGUUAUGGUUCUGAAUUGAGUCAGAUACUUAUAGAAGAUCCUGAUAUAAUUGAAACAAAGGAAAUUUGUCUUUCAAAAGUUCAAGCUUUUAAACUGUUUAUUAAUAUAUAUAAUUGUUCUAUAUAUUAUGAUAGGACCCUGCCCUAUGAUUUAAUUGUUGGAAAUAACUUAACCAUUCAAAGCAAUUCUGUGAUAGAGAAAUUUAGUGUAGAUAAAGUAUUUAAGUUUGUUAUCAAAUGUUGGGAAAAUUUAGUUCCAUCAAAUUCAAUCCAAUCAUCAGAUGUUUUCACUAUUCAAGGAAUACCUUGCCCAAGUCCAUUUGUGCAAUUGGGUGCAGGUUGUCAAUGCCCAAAAGGCCUCACUGGGUUAAACUGUGACAGAAAUGAAUCUUUAUGUUUAAAUGGUCAAUGUUUGUUGAAUGAAAUAUGUUCGAUAUUUAUAAAAGCAAAAACAAGUUGUGUUAGCAAAGAAUUUGUGCUUCCAGUAUUACUUAACACUGAUUUUAAAACAUAUUAUUCUGGAAAUUUUCGCUUUGAAAUGGAAAUGUUUGUUACAGAAACAUUGCAUGGAAACAUGACAUCUUAUCCUGUUUUAAGCAGAAAGCGUCGCAAUGUUGAUGUGUUUUUGGUUGAAUCAUCAUCAGAACAGCCUAUAGGAUCAAGUUAUAUGUUUGUUAAAUUCAUUCUUAUGGAUCAAGAGUAUAAUCUUGUAAACAAUGUUCAACCGUGUAAAAUUUUAAGUACUAAUCAAAAACUCCAUUGUCUUAAUGAAGCUGACUGUAAAAUAAUGAAACAGUAUGGCUUUCCGUGUACACCAUCAAUUAGUGCUGAAAUGUUAUUAACAAAUAGUCAAUCAAACAGUACAAAGACUAAAAGCUGGGUUAUUUGGUUAGUAGUUGUCAUUGUAAUUGUGGUCGUUCAAGGUAUUGUUGUUUUUGUGUGCAGAGCAAGGCGUCAGAAGAUAAAUAGCAAGAUUCCAGUUGUGAUUUACAAUAAUUUCGAAGUUACUGAAAAUAGUGGUGGUAAUGUAACUAUUGACAACGAAUCAAAUUGCUUUGAUGGCGAAAAACCUAAAAAUAACUUUCCAAAAAUAAAUCAGGAUAAUUUCUAUGAAAUUGAUCAAAAGGUUGAACAUAUAUACGCUUCAAUUGAUAAUAUUCCUAAAGCCGAUAAGAUAUGUGAUACAAGAAAUGGUUCUCUAAAUAAAGCGUAUCAAAAUUAUGCGAAUUUCAGCAGUUUUGAAUCACAUCAGUACGACAAAUUAUUUGGCCUAGAUACUGUUAAGAUGUGACUUUAGAACAUAAUCAUGAUUUUUAUUUUUUAAGUAUUUUUUAACCGUUUUCAGAUAAAUAUUUUUUUUUAACUUUGACUUUUGUGUAUCUUGAAAUAUUUUUACUUUGGUUCACACAAGCAUGAUCAAUGGGUUCUUUUUUUUUAUUUGUUUUUAUAUAAAAGUUUAACAAUCAAUUUUUCAGUUUUUUAAUAAAUCAUACUUCUUACACGUCAUGUUUUAGAGACAGAACCAAAUGUUUUUCCAAUAUUCUUUUUUGUAUUUUUUAAUAAUAGACUUAAAGAUUAUGAUACCACUUUAAAUUUUCCGAAGUUUUUCUAUAGUUGUUAAUAUUCUUGAAUUUUUAUAUAUUUUAUUAUUAUUUUAUAUUAUAUAUUUUAGUUUUAACAUUUUAUAUUUCUAAGUUUUGACUUCAACUUGAUGAGUUGUAUUUUUGUAAAAUUUUAACAAUGUUUUUUUUUAAUUUUAGUAUGAGUGCAACUGUAUAAUAACUUUAUUAUUAAUGUAACAUGAUUUUUAUAAUGCUUA